UCUGAGCGUUGAGGGCUUUUAUGUUGAAGGCCUCAGAUUUCAGUUCUUCCUCUUGAGUGAAGAACACUGUGACUGUGAAACAUAUUUGCCAAAAAAACCCAAAAUGUCUUAAUUAUUGUAUUAUUGUAGCAGAGAACGGAGACAAAAAUCAUAACCUCCGGAUUAAAGAGUCUAAACUUGAAUUAUUUGAAGAUCAGAAGAGAGAACACCUCACCUCCUUAGCAGCUGUGAAGCACAGCAGUGGAAGUGUCAUGGUCUGGAGAUGAUUUGCUCCAACAUGAAGUCUUCAGCGUAUCAGAGGGCGCUUGAAGAAAACCCUAGACUAAAUAUGAAAAUGUUAACUUUCACAGAAAGAAAGAAUUGGACCCUGCAACACGACAAUGACCUAAAACGUUCCUCACCCAGAAACCGCUUUAAUAGGUUUAAUAAGUGAAUUGUUGUCGUUGUAAUGUGUGUUUUCUAGGUAACGACAACAAAAACCCCACAGGGAGAACAUUUAAAGCUCUACAGAGCCUAACUAGGAAGAGUGUUGGAUCAGUCUCAAUGCGGCCUCUCUUCAGCAUCCUUCCUUUGGACUCGGUGACAGCUGGAACAAACGCAUCUUGGAGUUUCUUUAACAGGUUAAAACCUCAGAAGGCUCGUCGUUUCACUGAUGUGGCGCUGAUCCAGGAGCAGAAAGUGACAGAGAUCCAGAAGCUGUCAGCCUCGCCGCGGCAGCCGCUGGCUCCGUCGCACCAGGCCCGUCUGCGGCAGCUGAUGUCGACCCCCGCCUUCAGAUAAGUUGUGACAGCUGUAAAUUGAGAGGGGGCGAGUGGAGGAGAGGAGGGAGCUGCUAUUUUUAUCUCCCAUUCAACCGGGCCGAGAAGCCGUCUCUCUCUCUCUCUCUCCGUCUCUGCUGAAGGCUGUCGGACCUUCUGGAUCUCUCCUUUCUGCCUCAGCGGAGAACCUUCUGGAGACCGGGGCGCGGCAUUAAGACCAGCAGACCCUCAGCGGUCUGGGGAAGGAUUUCAGCGGAAACGAACAGAUCGUAAAGACAGGGAAGAAGACGUCAAGAGACACCAACAGGCCCAACAUGGCUCUGCUGUGCUACAACAAAGGCUGUGGGGAGAAGUUUGACCCCGACAAGAACAAGGAUGAUUCCUGCCUCUUCCAUCCAGGAGUCCCCAUCUUCCAUGACGCCCUGAAGGGUUGGUCCUGCUGCAAGAAGAGGACGACGGACUUCUCAGAGUUUCUCUCCAUUAAGGGCUGCACCCGUGGACGCCACAGUGACACGAAGCCCCAGGAGCCUCUGAGGCCCGAUGUGUCGUCGGAUAAGAGCGAGGCGAAACCCGCCAGUGACCGGGAGAUCAUCUACCAGGGCCCCAAAUCUGCCGAGGCGCUGCAGAAAGAGAGACCCAGCGCAGACCAGCCCAUGACCAAGUUGCCCCACAAAGUGUCAGCGUCGCUCAUUCAGGCGCUGGAGAAACUGGGACUGGACAGGAGCGCAGAGAGCGAGAAGAAAGAGAGCGAGGACGUUAUGCACGGGACGCGCUGCAAGAACACAGGCUGCAAAACAGUCUAUGAAGGCCCAGACACAGACAUGGAGGUCUGCACCCACCACCCUGGAGCGCCCGUCUUCCAUGAGGGGUACAAAUACUGGAGCUGCUGCUGCAUAAAGACAACAGACUUCAACGCGUUCCUGGACCAGAAGGGCUGCACCACGGGGAAACACCGCUGGGUUGCAAAGCUGGAUAAGAAGAAAGUGGCAUGUCGACAUGACUGGCACCAAACUGCAAACACGGUCGUGGUAACAAUUUACGCCAAGAACUCGAAUCCUGAUUUUUGCAGCAUAGAAGCAAAUCCAACAGUGCUCGUAUGUCAAAUCCAGUUUGAGAACAAGAUUUUCAAGAGAGAAUUCCACUUCUGGGGGGUGAUCGAUCCCAAACAGAGUUCGGUCAACAUGGUCCCGUCUAAAGUGGAGAUCACGCUCCGUAAGGCCAACCAGGUGUCCUGGGGCAAACUGGAGGACCCGAACUACACGCCAGAGCCGGAGCCCGUCGACGACGACGUCGUCAAUGACAACCAGGAGUCCCAGCAGCCCGACUGGGACAUCGCCGACGACGACAUCAGCGACUCGGACGAGGAGUGGGCCUACGACACGCCGCAGAACAAGAGCCAAGGGGGCGAGAGUGAAGAGCAGAGGAAGAGGAGGGAAGAGCAAGAGGUGCAGAAUUUAAAAAGGAAGGAGGUGGAGGAAGAGAUGAAGAGGCUGAUGCAGGAGCAGAAGAGGGCGGAGGAGCAGAGGAGGAAGCUGGAGGAGCAACGGAGGGAGGAGGAACAGGAAGGAUAUGAAGACAUGCCAGACCUGGAAGAUCAGGAGGCUGAUGUGGAGUGAAAAAAACAAACAGAAUUUUCCUCAUUUUUAACAUAUUAUUUAUUUAAUGCUGUUAAAUGCUAAAUACUCUAAUUUUCCUGCAGUAACUUUAUGUUACGUCAGAGGCGUUUUUGAAGAAUUGUAACUUUUUGUGGGCGAUAAAAUAAUGAGCCUGCUGAAAUCUUUUGAUUAUGCAAAAGACAAUAAUAGAAAUAAACCUUUUUUAUGUCUG